AUGGCUAUAGUCGAGCUUCGAGGGGAGGCUGCGGUAUUCCCGCCAUGUCCAAGCCCUUCUGCCAUGCCCGAGGAAGUAAGAUCCUUCCUGAGGGGAUGGGUUGCGGCAAUGAAACAAGUCCCGGUGUCCCAUCCUACAAUCAAAGAGAUGCCUAUCUCUUUCGAAGGAUUUGGGGAUGCACUAUAUCACGCAACUGCCCACGAUCUUGAGCGCUUCUUCGUCAGACAUCCGGCAGAUACAACUGGUGCUACUCUUUCCCUUGCCUUAUCUUUAUAUGCAUAUUUACAUGAAGAAGAGCAAAAAAUGAACGGAGAAAAGAGAACCAAAGAUCAACGUCAGCUGCUGGAAGAUAUAGAACUAGCUGAGCGGGUGGAGCAGUAUAUGAAGAUAAAGGCAGACAAUUCCAUCCAAUCCAAGAGAUGUUACUAA